GGCAGUGAAGACCAUCUUAUAUAUGAAGAGAACGACGAACGGGCAAUCUAAUAAUAAAAAUGUUAUUUUUUCUUUAAAUUGCUUAAAAAUUAAGAUGCAUCUCAUAUCUCCGUCAACGACGCCGAUUUCUAUAAACGUUGCACCCUAUUGUUUCAUCGCGAGUACACGAAAAAUACGAAAGUGUUGCAAGCCCUGAAUCAAGCGACGAUAAAAAAUUCAAGCAUCUCAAAAUCGUUCCUGAGCAUCGAUGCUCCUUGUCGCGUUCGGCCAAAAGCGUAUUUACGAAGACUCGGUAAGUGCUCGUUGGUAUAUCCAAGAAGUGGCGUGCGACAACGAAAGAAAGAGAGAGACCGAGGUAUAUACGCGGAAGGGCGGAGAGAAAAGAACGACAGACAGCGAGGCAGAAGCGGCUACGUACAAGUAGCGGCUAUACGCAGAGGAAGACGCGGCUGACAGAAACGGAGCUAUAACUGAGCGACCGAGAGCGGAACACGUAGCGAUGUAGGGGAGUAAAGAGGAUCGCGAGACGUGUUCUAGGGGAGGGAUGGAGACAGAGGGAGGCCGAGCGAGUGCGCCGACUCAGUAGCCGCGUGUUCGGUGCGGCCGUAGGGUUUCGCGGCCAAGCGGUGCCGAGCGUCGCACAGUCGCGACGGCAGCCACCGGCGCGCGGUACCCCUUUUUCUUCAAACUACACUUCUCAAUUCCGCACGGUUCAGCGCACGUUUCCUGGCGUCGACGAAACAACGUCGAAGGAUUAGGACGUGUGCACGUUGGACAGAACACGAGACCAGGGGUUGAUUCGGCUCGGUACUCGCCAGAGAGGGCGCCUCACGUCGUUAACCACCGCCACCGAUCAACCACCACCAACCACCACCAACCACCGUCACAAAUACCAACCCUCCAACCCUCCCACCAAACAAAAACAAAACAAAAAAAAAAAAUACCACGCAGCCACCUUCGAGAGGGAUCCACGCCGGUGGGCGAGACACCUGUUCGUCCUUUGCUAAACCACCCCGACGAUACCGAAACCGCGCGCACGUGUCCCGAGCGGAGAGGUUCCGGUCCACGUGACACACCGAGAGAAAUCGGCGAUCGUCGCUCUUUUCACGGGAGCAGACACGUGGCGCGUACGCGGCCGCACGCGGAGGUGUCCAACGAACAGAGAGAAGCGGAGGGAGAGACGGAUAGAUAGAUAGACGACGGAGGAUAGAUAAUAGAUAGGCGGAAAACAAGGGAGAGAGACGGUGCGAAGCGGGAGAGGAGAGAAAUCGCGUGGAGAAAGAGACGAACAAAAGGGGGGAGAGAAGUACACAGACUCGGGGGUGCGGAAGGAGGGGGGAGGCGGAGAAAGGUAGAGAGGUGGCAGAGAGACAGAGACCGAGAGGGGGUGGGAGGGUGAGGACGAUAGACAGGGAGGAAAGGUACCGAUCACGAGGACGAAAACCGUGGAGGAUAGAGGAGACGCGAGAGAAAAAGGGUCGUGUGUCUUCGUUUCGUUUCUUCGAACAAUACUCUCACCAAGAGAAGGACGGAGGAACAGGCGACAGCCACGAACGAGACGACGAGGAGGAAGCGGGACAUGCUGGAACCACGCUGGAGACCCGUCCAGGUCAGUGGUGUAUUCUUCCCAGGCUUCCGAGACAGGGUGUCGUGGCGCGUUAAUGGACACAUCGGUGAGAAUCCGUUCGACAACGGUUCGUGGGGAAAGGAGCAGUUCCAGCCAUCAGCGGUUCCUUGGCAGCUGAAUCCGCGCGGCCACGCUCGUCCCAGUGACGAUGGCAUAAUGGAUCAUGACACAGACGGAGACGGCGCGAUCAACUUGUCAACGUCGCAACGACCCUCCGCCGCCACCACCCCUAAUGGUGACACCCCCUCGUACGGGCAAGAUCAACAAGACAACGACCAGGCUACUUCGCUGUUUGCAGCCCUGAAGCAGCAGCAACAGCAACCACGCGACAGUGUUCCUUCUUCGAGGGAGCGCGAGAAUCGGGAACGGGAUCGGCUGUCGGUCCGUAGCCGCGAAAACUCCAGGAACAACGAGAUCGGAGGCGGUGCCGUGGACCAACAGCAACAACAACAGCAGCAGCAGCAGCAGCAACAGCAGCAGCAGCAAGACCUCACGAUCGAGUACCAGAGCAAUGGGAAGCUCAGUCCCGCUGGGCACGCAGUGACAACAGCACCCAUGACCCAGCAAAAGCAGCCUAUCAUCACGCAACAAUCGCAACAGCCCAGUUCGGGGGCGCCUGGUCCCCAACCGAGUCCCCAUCAGAGCCCACAGGCCCCUCAGAGGGGUUCGCCGCCGAAUCCUUCGCAGGGUCCUCCUCCUGGAGGGCCGCCAGGGGCACCACCCUCUCAGAAUCCCUCGCAGAUGAUGCUCAGCCCGGCGAGCGGCAUCCAUCAGAUGCAACAGCUGCUCCAGCAACACAUACUCAGCCCCACACAACUGCAGUCAUUCAUGCAGCAACACACGCUCUAUCUGCAGCAACAACAACAGCAACACCAUCAGGAUUCCUCGGAGCAUGCGUCGAACCAGGACCGAUUCGGCUACUUUUCGUCCUUGAAAGACAACGCAGUGCGACACAACCUGUCUCUCCACAAAUGUUUCAUGCGAGUCGAAAACGUGAAAGGCGCCGUAUGGACGGUGGACGAAGUGGAGUUUUACAAGAGACGUCCUCAACGCGCUUGCAGCACGACCGGGGGUGUGCCGUCGAAGAGUCCAACCCUGACGCACAGCCCGACCAUGUACGGUGAUGCUUUGAACGCCAAUCUCCAGGCGGCGCUCGGUGACUCGAACAUGGGCUUUCUGAGCAACUCGAUGUGCACGUCGACGACGACGAGUCCCGACAAGGAGCAUGUGUUAACACACAACGAUUUGAUGUCACCGUUGGAUGAACCAGCCGUGCACAUAAAGCAGGAGGGCCAGAGCCCGGAGGGGGGUAAACUCACGAGAUUAAUAAAGCGGGAGCUGGUCGACGCGCCUGUCGAGCAAGAGGGCGAGGAGGAUCAGGUGGACGAGAGGGAGUAUCCCGAGAGUCACGGGCACGACUCGGGCCAGGACGAGGACAUGGCCGAGGACCUAUCGAUGGCGCCGGACAUAAUGACCCCGGAGGAUCAGAUCGAGGCGUAGUAUCGCUCAUCGGGCAACGAUUAGGUUCGAGAAGUCGCUUCGAGAGGAACGAGAGCCAGCUUCUUCCUCGUCGGCGUCGACCGGGCGAGCAGCUAGACGCGCAGCGAACGAAGAGGAAGAAGACGACGAAGACGACGACGAAGGCCCCCUAGGACCACCCCAGCCCUCCACUCCUUCUUCGUAAAGAGAUAUCCCCGCACUCAUCAUAUCCGAAGCCGCGGCGCGUAACCACGCCGGCUUUAAAGGUAAAGAAACAAUUAACGAAAAACACUAAACGAAACACGAGAACCGCCAAAACCAUUGGACGGUCCCGUGAAUCGGUCGCGACGUGAACGUCGACGAGAGUCGACGCGGUGAACCGCGAUCCCUCGAUCCAUAUCCUUACUCAAGCAAUUGCGAACAACGAUGUGUUUUCUGUUCUCUCCUUCCGUUUCAUUUCGGAACCGCGGUUAUAUCUAUAUAACAUAAUUAUAUACAUAUACAUAUGUAUCUCUCUCUCUCUCUCUCUCUCUCUCACUCACUCACUCACUCACUCACUCACUCUCUCUUUCUCUAUCUCUAUCUCUAUCUCUUUCGUGUACAUUGCAUUAGCGAGUAAAUGAAGAAGGAAACGAAUCGCAACACCGCGAUCGUUCGUAGCGUUUCGACGGACACCCUUCGAGGAAAAGGGAUGAUAGAGGAAGGACGCUGUCGGUCUACGUCCUCGUAGCUCGUUUCCAGAGACGGGUAAAGUUAUCUGGGUGUAUUUAGCACGUGGAAUUAUUGGUAAACCGGGUUUGUCUUGACAGUAAAACUACCGAGAGGUACAAUGAAACUUGAAUCGAUAUGGCUUUUUGAAUCGCAGCCUUGGUCAUUGCGUAGUGGUGAAAGACAGAGGAGAUAAUAAAUUAGGGAGUAAUGAGAAUACUGAUUGUAUCGAUUGUUUAGGGAAUUUUUGCUUCAAUAUUAAAACUAUCGAGUCAAUUUUACAGAAGACUUCGAGUUUCUUUUUAAAGUCAUUCAGACAUCAAUAAAUCUUUUACUAAUAAUUCUUCAACAUUUUCUGAUAAUUAUUAUAAUACAGAGUUGAUUUAAUUGAUAGAUCAACUUAAUCAUUGCAUAGUGUCGCUAAUUCGAGGAGAUAAUAAAUUAGGCUGUUGGAAUACUGCUGAUUAUUGAAUUGAUUAUAUUCAAUCAUCAACAAUUCUUUUACUGCAACAUUUACUGACAAUUAUUAUAAUACAGAAUUAUUUUUAUUGGUACAUCAACCUGCUCCUCUUUCCUAGAACAGGUUUGCAUUGAACUCGGUAGCUUUGGUGUUAAAAUGAUACAUAAAAUUGGAGCUAUAGACUGAAAUAAUUAACC